AUGACACAGGACUACAACUUUCGUAUAACAGGUCGAAAAACUGUACCAAAAACUCCUGUUCGUGAGAAGAUUGAGGCAUUGAAAACUGGUGGUCACUAUGAAAAGAGGACGAGUUCGUCAGAAUUCUCCGCGAAAGAAUGGAAAUACAAGAUGGAUUUAAUGACCAGUGAGGACAAAGCAAACGCUGAUCUGCCGGCGAUAAUAGUAAUAGGAAGUAAUGGAGUGGUAACGACCAGAAACUUCUUUUAUUGGAGAAAAUAUGGUGGAACUGAGCAGCUUACUAUCUACAACAACACAGACACGGUUAACGCAGUGAAGGUAAAAUGCUCAGAUAAUAACUUGUACAGGAUCACUCCUCCCUUAGCAUCAUUGGAUAAGCAGGAAACUUUGACCAUAAAGGUUCAUCGUACAUUCGCACCAAUUAAACCUGACAGAAUUCUUGUACUAAUCGUACCGACAGAGCAGACGUCGAAAGAAGGUCUAAAGUUGGAGAAGCUCUUCAAAGACCCAUCCUUGGUAUAUGACCAGGUUUCAUUUACUCAGGGGAUAACGAGGAAUUUGGCUUCCAGCCCUUGUGGACAGAAUUAG